CGAUCGUCGCUCGACACGACGACAUACAACCCAUAGAAUUAGUGCGUGUGUGUGUCAACAUUUGAUUUGAUUUUCUUCGUUUUGUUUUUGUCGAUCCUGGGGUAAAAGAAGAGCAACAUUUUUGGCUUGUUUCGUUUGGAAGGUUCCGCGAAAAAUUCAUUAUGGAAAUGUUCAGCGUGGAUGUAAAGACAACGUCGAAAUGGUGAGGUGGUUAGGUUUGACACCUCGGCGCCAGAAGAGACGAAAAAAUCGCAGUGUAGUGCUGGACGACACUGAUGACUUUGGACGAGAAUACGCGACGCACGAGUCCUCGCCCAGUCAACAUUUGUGAACCGAGUGGCGAAAGUGAAAACACGAAAAACAAAAACGUCCCGGUUUUUUGACGACUAAACCGAAAUAUCGAACCGUCUGUUUGUUUUUCCUUCCCUUUUUUUCCUUCUUCUUCUUCAUCUUCAUCUGGUUCGCCUUUUUUCUUCUCGUCGGCUCCAUCCACCCCGCUGUUUGUCUCAUUUUCUUUUCCUUCCUCCUCCUUCUUUUUUACCCUCCCCUCCUGUGUACUUGUGUGUGUGUGUGCGUUCUAUCUGUGGGCUCCGUUCGUUCGUUCCCCGCAUCACCCGACCACCCCUUCGUUCGUGAUGGUAUUGAUCGCUUCCAUGCUGGGUGGAUGCUGCGACUAGCGGGGCUCUCGCAACUCCCAUUCAACACACACGCGUGAUCACUUCGCAGAAUGUCUCCGUCGAUAUAAUACAACAAACCGCAGGAAACAACCUUAAGAAUAUUUAAGAAAAAGGAUUUUUUUUUUUCGUUUUUUUUUUGGUGUGUGUUGUGUUUGUCUUCACUGCGAAACUUAUUCUUCAUUGGCCAGGGACAACCACGUUGUACAGAAGAAGAAAAAAAAAAAAACAAUGUGCAGGGACGAGUCGAUUGCGAUCAUUUCGUCAGUGUCGUCCUCGAUCCAACAGCAGAAGCGCAGUUGCAUCUGAUCUCUUUGACAUUUGGCGGCGCCAGUGGUGGCCCUUCGUUUUUUGUUUUUUUUUAUAUUCCCUCCCCGUGAGUUUUCAAAAUCAAUAAGUCCUCGACAACGAAUCAUCAACCGACCCGAAGAGGAUUUCGUUUUGACACGCGUUUGCUUUCCGCUUUUUGUUUUUUGAUCGGGAUUUCCCAUUUUUUCAUCUUAAAAAUUUUCCCAAAUCAAACUGACAACCUUUUGGAAUCGUUGGUGAUAUUUUCUGAUCGAGCUGUUCAACCCAUCCGUGUGGUGCUAAACCACCUCUAUGCUGCUCACGGAAUCCCCUCUGCAGCCAAUUGGGCUCGAGUACAAGACGACGUUCAUCAUGGGUUGCGUCUCGAGCAAGGCCGAGCGCGACGCGGUAGCGGGUUUCGCCACCAACGCCAACCUUUUCCAGGUGAUGAAUGUGGAUGACACGGGUCGGCGUUUAUGCCCUGGCCAACUGGAAGUUGGCGAAUCCGACCUGAUAUUGUAUCAGCGUGGUAAAACUCCCGUCCGGUGGCCGUUGAGGUCGCUCCGGCGCUACGGUUUCGACGCCCAGCUAUUCAGCUUCGAGUGCGGUCGACGAUGCCCCACCGGGCCUGGCAUUUACGCCUUCCACUGUCGCAACGCUGAAAUCCUCUUCAACCACGUCCAGGCCCGUGUGGCCGCCCGCCACGAGGAACAGGAACAGCUGGCCGGCGUGUUGGUCGCCAAUAGUAACCAUUCGCGAUCGCGAAUCCGGCACUCUAUGCCGGCCCGAAGCGCCUCUUCUUUACUCUUUCCCAACAGCAAUGCCGGCAACAGCCUUGUCGUCGAUCGCGAAGAUGCCGAAGAGAAUUCGUAUCUGGAACCGAUCCGGCUAGUGGGCCAACAGCAGCAGCAAGGGCCAGCUGUUUGGUCUCCCAAUUCCAGGCCGCUCAGUUCUUCCUCGCUCAUUUCCAGUAGCUCAUCGCCCAUCAGUCCCUCGACGGCCGGCAACCUUUACGCCAACAACGAAGCUCUCUUGGCGGCAGCUGCUGCCGCCAAUAAUGACAGCGGAUUAAUCCAUCACCACCAUCAUCAUCUUGACCCAUCGACCAUGGCCAUGACCGGUUCUGUCACGAUGGAGACCGUCCUCGUUCCGCCACCGAUAGCCUACGCCAAUUUGCAUCACGACGUGAACAAUAGCAACGCCACUGCUGCCAAAGAUCCUCGGCUUGUGAUGGACGACGAUUUAUCGGCCGAUGAAGCCGAUAACCAGCAACACCUUUACAUCAAUGUCGGUCCCGAUGCCAUCGAGGCUAAGCCGAGAUGUUCAGAUUCAAAUCACAUGACAUUGCCGUCGCUAAAGCAAGUCAAUUAUGUGCUAUUGGAUCUGGAUAAAGGCUCCGAUUCGACAACGACGGCUUCGGUGACGACAACCACUGGUGGUGGAUUACAAGCCAAUUCACCUGAAGGAUCUUUAGCCUCUUUCCCGGAAUCGCCUCAUCGGACUGUGAACAGCAUCGCUUCGGUGGCUGCUAACGCCACGACGGCCAUCGCUGAUGUUUUAUCCAGUUCAGCUCAGGCUGUCAUAAGCGCCGAAGGCUAUGCCACCAUCGAUUUUGAUCGAACGGCUGCCUUGUCUAACGCAACUGGACUUGGCGUAGCUUUCCCCAAUCUUGCCGGAUGUGAGGAGGAAGAACAAGGAUUGCGGAAGACUCGCCAUAAUUCGACCAUGGUGGGUGGCAGCAGCAGCAGUGGCAGCAGUCACGCCGUUCGUCUCUUAGGGCUCAAUCGGCAGACAUCGUCCGUCAGUGAGUGAUCAAUGGGCCUUUACAAAUCCCCAUUUGAAAGGCAAAAUGAAACGAUAAACCCCUACCCAAAACAACGCUCAAUUUUGUGCGCCAGCUUAGCAAGGACUAGACGAUCAAGUGCAUAAACGGAGUCGAUGCCAGGCUCAAUAGUUGGACAGGAAGGGAAGCCCUUCCUUCUUUAAGAAAAGGGAAAAAAAAAAUGUCAGAUGUUCGUUUUUGGAACAUGAUCAACUUCCAAUUUUACUGAUGGCUACAAGCAUAUACAUUGCCGGCAGUAUUUCUCUCUACUCGUUUUUUGUAACACUGUACAUAC